AUGAGAAUAAAACGUUAGGAAUUUGAGAUGGUAAACCUGAGAGGAUACAAUUGGAAGAGCCAUCUCCUGCUCCUGAUAAUUCUGGCAGCCUGGGAGGCAGGGAACAGCCAGCUGCAUUACUCAGUCUCCGAGGAAGCCAAACACGGCACCUUCGUGGGCCGCAUCGCACAGGAUCUGGGGCUGGAGCUGGCGGAGCUGGUGCCCCGCCUGUUCAGAGUGGCGUCCAAGGACCGCGGGGACCUUCUGGAGGUAAAUCUGCAGAAUGGCAUUUUGUUUGUGAAUUCUCGGAUCGACCGGGAGGAGCUGUGCGGGCGGAGCGUGGAGUGUAGCAUCCACCUGGAGGUGAUCGUGGACAGGCCGCUGCAGGUUUUCCACGUCGAGGUAGAGGUGAGGGACAUUAAUGACAAUCCUCCCAUGUUCCCAGCGACACAAAAGACUCUGUUUAUCCUGGAGUCCAGACUGCUUGACUCGCGGUUUCCACUAGAGGGCGCGUCAGAUGCAGAUGUCGGUUCCAAUGCUCUGCUGACUUACAGACUGAGCACCAAUGAACAUUUCUCUCUGGAUGUACCGCCCAACCACGAGCAGGUGAAACCUCUUGGUCUCGUUUUGCGGAAACCUUUAGACAGAGAAGAAGCUGCAGAGAUGCGCUUAUUGCUCACGGCCACCGACGGAGGCAAACCGGAGCUGACCGGCACCGUUCAGUUACUCAUCACAGUGCUGGAUGUCAAUGACAAUGCUCCGGUUUUUGACAGAUCUCUCUAUACCGUGAAAUUACCAGAAAACGUCCCAAACGGAACAUUGGUGAUCAAAGUCAAUGCCUCAGAUUUGGACGAAGGCGUGAAUGGGGACGUUAUGUAUUCAUUUUCGAGUGAUGUUUCUUCAGAUAUAAAAUCCAAGUUUCACAUGGAUGCUGUGAGUGGGGAGAUUACAGUUAUCGGAAUUAUUGAUUUCGAAGAGAAUAAAGCUUACAAGAUUCCACUAGAGGCACGUGAUAAGGGCUUCCCACAACUGCCUGGACACUGUACUGUUCUUGUGGAAGUUGUAGAUGUUAAUGACAAUGCUCCACAGUUGACUGUUAGUUCCUUGUCUCUCCCUGUACCUGAAGACAGUCAACCUGGAAGAGUCAUCACUUUAAUUAGCGUAUUUGACCGUGAUUCUGAUGCCAACGGGCAGGUGACCUGCUCCCUGACUCCUCACAUUCCCUUCAAGCUAGUGUCCACUUUUAAGAAUUACUAUUCUCUCGUGCUGGACAGUGCUCUGGACCGAGAGACCAUUGCUAAUUACGAUGUGGUUGUGACCGCCCGCGACGGUGGCUCGCCCUCCCUAUGGGCCACGGCCAGUGUGUCCGUGGAGGUGGCUGACGUGAACGACAACGCUCCUGCAUUCGCGCAGCCCGAAUACACGGUGUUUGUGAAGGAGAACAACCCGCCUGGCACGCACAUCUUCACAGUGUCAGCGGUGGAUGCAGACGCGCAGGAGAAUGCACUGGUGUCCUACUCGCUGGUGGAGCGGAGGGUGGGCGAGCGCUUGCUGUCGAGCUAUGUGUCUGUGCACGCGGAGAGUGGCAAGGUGUUCGCACUGCAGCCUCUGGACCAUGAGGAGCUGGAGCUGCUGCAGUUCCAGGUGAGCGCGCGGGAUGCUGGUGUGCCUGCCCUGGGCAGCAAUGUGACUCUGCAGGUGUUUGUGCUGGAUGAGAAUGACAAUGCGCCCACACUGCUGGGGCCUUUGGCUAACCGGGCUGGUGGCACAAUAAAUGAGGUAGUAUCUCGGGCUUUGGUGCCUGGCCAGGUUGUGGCGAAAGUACGGGCAGUAGAUGAGGACUCUGGCUACAAUGCCUGGUUGUCCUAUGAGCUGCAGCCGGCUGCGGGUGGAGUUCGUAGUCCCUUCCGUGUCGGCCUGUACACAGGAGAAAUCAGCACGACACGUGCACUGGAAGAGACAGAUGCAUUGCGGCAAUGCUUGUUAGUGUUGGUGAAGGAUCAUGGAGAACCUUCUCUGACCGCCACAGCCACGGUGUUGCUUUCUCUGGUAGACAGUGGCCAAACACAGAAGGUCUUAUCUAAGGUGUCAGCUGGAGCCUCCAGAGUGAAUCAGGGGAUAGUGGAUGUCAACGUGUACCUGAUCAUUGCCAUUUGCGCGGUGUCCAGCCUGUUGGUGCUCACCCUGCUGCUGUACACCGCGCUGCGCUGCUCGGCGACGCCCACUGAUGGAGUCUGUGCUCCUGGGAAGCCCAUGCUGGUGUGCUCCAGCGCGGUGGGGAGCUGGUCGUACUCGCAGCAGAGGCGACAGAGGGUGUGCUCUGGAGAGGGUCCUCCUAAGACCGACCUCAUGGCCUUCAGUCCCAGCCUACCUCAGGGUCCCAGCUCUACAGACAACGUGAGUCUUAAAUAUUUUUCUCUUCAGGCAUGCAAAAAAUAG